AUGCGUCGUGUUGCUGGGAGGCGUGUUUCCGUCUGUUCGCUUGGGAGUUUUACGAACCGCUUCUUUGGCGACACCGUCGAUACGCCCGAGGGUAUUCGAGACGCAAUUGCCGCGUAUGAACGGCGUCAGCGCGAGGCAGAACUCGCAGUGGACUCUAGAUCGGUUGUGUUUGCAUGCGCCGCAAGCGCCGAUCACCGGGCUCGAAUAGCCGCCGCGGAGGCGUUUGACGUGGCUGCUGCAGCCCUGCCUCGUCCUCCUAACUUCUGCUUCAUGAGCCUCUCGCUGGACUACGAGGCGAUGAUUGACGCCCCUGAGGUGGUGUGGUUCAACCUGUGUAAGGCCAACGACGUUACAACCUCCUCCGUAAAGCCACAGCAACUCCACAUGAUAGGAGGGGCCACGCGGUACCAGCGACCAGGGGGAGGGUACAUUCAAGUGUUACUUGGCUGCAUCCCCGAUCUUCAGAGUGAUGUCUUUACAUUUGACGCGAUUCCCGAGGAGGAUGAUAUUCAGGACGCCAAAAGACCGCCACCUGCCAUUUGUUUUGCUUUUCUAGACAACAAACUGGCGCUACAGUACGAACGCGUGCUUUCAGGACGUCUUCAACUCCUCGGUGGCCGAUUUGGGGGUUCGCCAGUCGUUGGCGGCAUUUUCCCACCAUAUCAGAAAGGCAGCAACAGCAAACAAACAAAAGCAAGCAAAAAAAAUGAGUAUGUCGACGAAGGGGACGACUGUGAAAAGAAGAUUGAUUCCCCGUUGAGUGAAAUGGGAGACUCCAUCUUUUUUCUCAAUGAUCGCGUGUACACAGGGAGCGCAGCAUGCAUGAUUCUCCGUAGUGCGAUGAUUAAAGGACACCACGUGGAGGUUGUGCCCUCUAUCAGCACGGAAAGGGCGAAGGUAACAUCUGUUAGUUCUUCAGAUGGUGUGUUCAGCAUUAUGACACUCAAUGAAAGGAGAGCGACAGACGUCAUCCGGGAUGUUUACUGCUCUCGCGAAUUGCAGGGAAAAACAUCGAAGGUGUUUCUUGGUAUUCAGCAUGAGGGCGUUUGUAUUCCAUUUUCUUUUGUUGGUUAUCCGGAUAACGGGACGCUGCAGUUUUCACUCCCAGAGGGCGUCGAAGUUCACUCCGGAGACACCAUUGAGCUUUUGGUGGAUGAUGUGGAGCUGGACUCCGAGGCUUCCGCUGCUCUUCUUAUUGGCAUGCAAAAAAAAAUAUCGAUUACGCAUGUUUUGAAGGACAUUACUGUUGCUCGGGAAGCAAGGAAAAACAUUGUGGCAUCUUCGGUUGCCGGAUUUCACUUUUCACAUGGUGGCAUGAACGUUGCGGCACGUCCUGAAGUCAAAAUGACACUUGGGAAUUCCACGAUCAUUUUUGCACCCUCGGUGUUGCAACGUUGUAUGGGGAAGUACUGCCCAACGUCAGGCUUUUUUUCUCCCGGUCAGGUCUUUACAUUGGGCAAAUUCACUGGGGUUUACACCCGAUCGAGUAGCUACAGCUUCCUCGAAGGGCUUAAGUGA